AUGGCACCUCGUGGCUUUACCAAUCCUGCUCCCAAAACAGAGUCUGCACGCUCUGCUUUGAGCUCCUUUACCUGUACACUCUGCAACAAAUCGUAUUCGCGGCAUCCCGAGUAUGAAGCACAUAUCUCUUCUUACGACCAUCAGCAUCGCAAACGCCUUCAAGAUCUCAAACAACUCUCCCGGGACCCAAACGCUGCGGAGAAGGCUAGGCGAGCGGAAAAGAGGGCUGACGCAGAGGCUGGCCUAAGAGUCAUUGAUACGAAACCUGGCACAGCAGUGGGAACUGGGGGCGGGGGUGGUGGAGGUUUCAAGAAAGGGGGAUUUAAGAGCUCCUUUACGGCUGUCAAAGGCCCUGUUGCUCCGACAGCACCAACGAAGAAGAACGUACUCGGGGAUGAUGACGAAGAUGAAAUGCCAGAAACAACAGAUAGGAGCCAACGUGCUCAGGCUACACAAGACUCAAGUGCUCAGCCUGACUAUGCAGAAAGUGACACGGAUGCUGAAUACGCGAGUGAUACAAUGGGUAGUGACUACUAUGAUCCCCUUAAGCCGACGGGCUGCUUCUCUGGUUGUGCCAGUACUAGACAUAUACCCAUAGAGGCUGCUGUGGUCAAGGGGUAG